UCAUUAUACAGAGAAGAUAAACCUGUUGAAUAACAAGCUAGCUUACAUACGCUGUCCUAACGUCUGCCUGUGGUUGAAGCUGAAUGACAGACUUUAACGUUCCUGUCUGACUAUUUGUUUGCCUCAUUAUGAUGCUAGUUUGACAUUUGCAUAAAAGACCAAGCAUCAAAUGCGUUUGCAUCGCCGAUGUACGCUGUACAAGCUAUUCUUUGAAUAGAGAGAGCAGGACCCAUCACUGACAAACUGACGAUGUAUUGUUGCCUUGAGCGUUAGUGACGAUGUAACAAAGCUGAAAACAACUCAAAUCUGCUUCCUUGCAUAGCUAGAUGACAAACUACCCAACACAUGGCAAUAAAACCCUGGCGAUUUUCUAUUACGCGUGUGUUUCGCCUGCUAAGGCGUUACAGUGGCUGGAUGCCUUACACACUAAUGUGGUCUUUAGCUAUAGAGAGUUAGACUGGCUGAACAAUAAGAGUUUUCAGACCAGCCAUGCCCAUUCUCUUCACAGUCGGUUUUUAGAGGAGAAGGAAUCAAGUGUAGGCAGAGAGGUGAGCUCUGCAGCGGAGGAGAAAGAAGAAGAAGAGGAGGCCCCCAAAAAGAAGAAAAAGAAGAGUGAAAAGAAGAGGAAAAAGAAGAAAAAGCACAAAAAGAAGAGCGGGAGGGGUUCAGAUAGCAGUGGGUCUGAUUCUGAAACCAUCUACCCCAGUGAUCUCAAAAGGGAACAAGAGGCAGAAAGAUCACAGGCGGCUCCAUUAGCAAAUCGUUUCUCCUGGUUGGAUGAUGUCCAGUCACCCACCGGGCAUCCGUUCUGUGUGGACCGUAAACCGGACCAGGCCAACUGGACAUAUAAGUCUCUGUAUAGAGGAGAUGUAGCAAGGUAUAAGAGGAAAGGCAGCUCGUCGCUGGGCCUGGACCCUCGUAGACAAGGAGUCAGCUGGGAGGAGUCGGAGUCAAAUAAGAAACAGAAAGGUGGGGACAAGAACAAAGCAGCAGACAGAUACUUCUCUAAAGUCAGUCGCCAGCUGCUGAGGUCCGAGCCUGCUGUUCCUACAUUACCAACAAUUCCUCACUGCAGUGAUGUCAUCAGCUCCACCUCCUUCCUCCCUCUGGAUGAUGAUGAGGGGGCGAGCAAAGGAGGAGAGACAGGUGACAGAGUGCAGACAUCAUCAGUAAAUCCUCUUGGUGUGUAUGACUCCUCCACGGCGCUCUGGCUGCAGGGGAAGGGACAGCAGACACUGGACGCACAGACAGGGCAGAGCACUGUGCUGAUGACCAGGAGGACUGAGGAGUUUAACAGGCAGCUCAGAGAACAGCCAGCAGACACACAGCUAUGGAUAAAAUUCAUACGAUACCAGGAUGAACUGACUUCAACAGAGUUUGGAGGCGAGGAGGAGCAGCAGGGUGGCGAUUCAUCUGAGCGUCGUAAGACUUCGUACCGGGCAGUCCUGGAAAAAAAGCUGAGCAUCGCAGAGCGCGCCGUGGACACCAACCCCGGCUGCAUAGCUCUGCAGCUGGAGAGGCUCAGGAUCUGCCAAGAGCUCUGGGAGCCUUCAGCUCUGGCUAAAGAAUGGAAGAAACUGGUGUUCCUCCAUCCAAACAGUGCUCCCUUGUGGAGGGAGUAUCUGCUAUUCACCCAGAGCUACUUUAGCAACUUCACUGUGUCAAAGGUCAACUCUGCCUACGGGAAAUGUCUGAGCACACUUAGCUGUGUGCGGGACGGCAGUAUGGUCUCUCAUCCAGCCCUGCCAGGGAUUGAGGAGGAUAUGUUGGAUAUCUUCACCCAGCAGUGUCAUUUCCUGCGUCAGUCUGGUCACUCAGAGAAGGCGAUUUCUCUGUUUCAGGCCAUGAUCGAUUUUACUUUUUACAAACCUGACAGUGUACGAAAACUGUCCACCAAGCAGCAGGUGGAGUUCUUUGAGCCGUUCUGGGACAGUGGGGAGGCGAGGGUUGGGGAGGUGGGGGCUAGAGGCUGGAGAGCCUGGAUGCUCCAACAAGAGCGUGGUGGAUGGCUGCAGCCCAGUGCAGAUGAUGACGAGGAGGAGGAAGAGGAUGAGGAGGAGGUGAAGGAUCGGAGCCAGCCCAGAGGGACAGUCUGGCUGGAUGUGGAGUCGUCUCGUGAGGCAGUUCACUGGUUGCCCUGGAGACCUGACAAAGCUAAGGGCCAGUCAGAAGAGGAUUGUGAGGACCCAGACAGACAGGUGUUAUUUGAUGACAUCGGUUCAUCCCUAAUUUGUCUAACUUCACCAGAGCUCCAGCUUCGUCUUCUUCUCCACUUCCUGUCAUUCCUGGGGCUGCCUGUGGACUCUGUGCUCUCUCCUGCCCCCUGUCAGCCCGGCCUGCUGCUGGACAGCCUUUCUUUUCUCACUCAGGGUAAUGAGCGCCAGCGUCCUCUGACCUCCUACGACCUACCUGACUCCGGGGUUAGCUCUGUAGGUCACAUGACCACUCUUCAAGGAACCAGGAAGUGGGUGGGGCUUGGAAAGCAGGGUGAGAGGUUUGUCACCAAUGUGUUCAGUAUGGUCCAACCCGUCCUUCCUCCCCAUCACAGAGCAGUUCUGUCACUCUGCUGGAUGCAGUAUGAGAAACUCAAGGUCUUGCGCUGCUUGUGCAGUGGCAACAAAAAACGUCUCCGUUCUCAAGGCAAAAGCAGCAAGAGAGUUGCCAAGCGACUGCUCAAAGAACCCGACAAUCGCUCGUCGCUGGUGCUGUGGCAGGAAUAUGCCCACCUGGAGUGGAUCCUGGGAAAUCUGGACGAAGCUCGCAAAGUCUUCUCCACAGCCACAUCGAUAGGGGGAACCAAAGGGCUGAACAGCCCCUCCCUCUGUGAGCUGUGUCAGCUGUGGUCCCAGCUGGAGGUGGAGGACGGAGGAGGGAUACAAGGAGGGGCACUAACCGAUGUAACUGCAUCCCCAGCUGUGUCAGUGCUAACCAGGCUAGCAGAGGGAACCUCCUCAUCCUCUCAGUCCAUCUCUCCAGUGUCUAUCUUGAAAGCCAGGAAGUCUUAUGAACAGGCUCUGACAGCCAGCUUGUCAGCACUGGACCAAGUCCCCAGCAACCUCCAGACCAUCAGAAAAGGUGAAGAGGACCUGCUAGGGAAGAAAGUGAGGCUGAGUGGUCUGGUAGGCUGCUUUGCUCUGUUCCAGUACCUCACAGUGGGCAUCCAAGCAGCUAACGCUGUGUACAGCCAGGCCAGAGAACGGAUGGAAGAGCUGCAUCGCACACUAACACUUGACAAGCAGUUUAACGGCAAUGAGGAAGCUAACCUUGCUAGCACUGAUGCUAGAAACUCUGCAGCUGAUUCCAACCAUACCAGCAGGCACUAUGCCAACAAGCUAGCUUCUGAGUGCCAGGUAUUAGCAGUACAACAGGCAGCCUUGCUGAGGUACCACAACACCAUCAGUGUGUUUCCACUGGUAACUCUGAGACAAAUGCUGACCUCUGCCCUUUCCACCUGGCCCAGCAACACCCCUCUGUGGAGCAUAUAUGUACAGGUGGAGAACCGUUACCAUAGUGCUGGCCGGGCGCGUCGCUUUUUUCACUCUGUAACCAGGGACAACAAGAGUGUGGUGCCACGCCUCUUUGCCAUAGUUGCUGAACAACAAAGGAAGCAGCUGGUGGACGCUGCUCAGAGGUCUUGUUGCCAUGACACUACCUUGCCCAUCCUGCCAGAGAAUGGCCUCAGCAACCGUAUCCGUGGACUGUUUGAAAGCACCAUAGCAACAGAGAUGGGUUCUCGCUCUCCUUUACUUUGGAGGAUGUACAUGCAUUUCCUGGUGUCAGAAGGGAAGGUGGAUAAAGCCACAGGGAUCUUCUACAAGGCCUUACAAAAUGUCCCCUGGGCUAAGGGUUUGUACAUGGAUGCAGUGCAGCUGUUCCCAGAGCACCUGCAGGAGUUUGUAGAUCUGAUGACAGAGAAAGAACUCCGACUCAGACUGCCUUUAGAAGAACUGGAUAUACUACUGGAAGACUGAAUAUUCUCUCUCACACACACACACAUACACACACUUCAGUCAAGAGCUCAUUUUGAGUUUGCUUUACUGGCAACAUGCCAACUGACAUUCUGGCACACUUGAUGGCAAGAACAGAAAAAAAUGCAUACAAACUCAGAUGCUUAUACACACAUAGCUGCCAUUGAUCAGUGAAGCUGCAGGGAUCUUAUCUAGAGAUUGACAAGGAACCUUCCUUUGUACAUGUCUGAAAAUGCUUUAUUUUCACAGCAGAUAGAACUAUGUUUUAGUACUUCACAUUGUCAAUAAAUAUGAUUCUCAUUUA